AGAUGAGUAUAUCUGGGCUAGGUCCUAGUACCCUGGAGAACCAAUGUAUAACUAGAUAUCUCUACUAUCUAGAAUCAGUCUGUGCCACAUAUAUUCAUCUCACCACAAAAGAUGAGUCUGGACUAUUUAAAGCUCUAGCCGAAAAGCUGCUUCCAAUGCUUAAAGAGCAGCUCGGGAGCAGCAUGAGUGGAACUGUCAGCUCUAUCUUCAGACAAGAGAUGCUUCGAAGAAUUUUCUCCGGUGAGUUCCCUAGCUCCAGGUAUAGAUUAGAGUACACGGAGCUCAAUACAGAAUACGAGAAUAUUAUUCAACCGCUCACAGAGGGCCGAGAUAUUCUGAGGCAAAUGAAAAAACAUGGGGAGAAAUGUUGUAGUCCCUGCUGUACUGGAGUUUUUAAAGUUGAGACAAUGGCGUGCGUGGUUAUGAACGAUGAAAUCCAAGAGUUAAAGAUAGAUUCUAAUAUACAGAAUAAAAUAGUUAGUAAACAGAGACCAGUCAGGAAUUAUAUUGGAUUCGACAUUCCCUCAAUACUUUCACAUUAUCAGGCAUCCGUAAAACAGAGUCCCAGGCGACAUAACAUUCCACUGGAGAGAUUUAUUAUUCACAAUACAGAAUUACAUUCCCACGAGUUCUCCUCUAUGCAUAUUCGAUCGGAGCUCAUUCUUGGUGUUUAUCAGGAAACACAAGAUUAUCUAGAUUAUCCCACUAUCCUCUCAGCGUCAGCGGACCCUGGUGAAUCUGUAUCGACUAGACCAUACUCGGAGGACCUCUACCUCAACAUUGCACAUUUAUUUAGUGCAGAGACUGGUGCCAGAUUUCCCCGUCUUACAGAGAUCACAUUUGGAUCAGAGCUGGGUGUAAAACUCUCAAACCUACGAGACAGAUAUGGAGAGUUGGUGAUAGUUAAACUUUUUCAAGGAAUUGGACACUUUGUACCAAACCUGAAAAUAUUUGAUGUUAGUGCAUCUCUAAGUGUGCCGACUGAAGCAUUUAUUCAUCUAUUUCUUCGCGAUGCCAACAACACUCUCCAUCGGUACAUGUAUCUUCCGCCUUAUCAGAAAGUUGGUGAUAUUGUCUGCUACAAGUAUGAUAGUGCACCUGAGGAGUUUUAUAAACAUAGGACUGAUCAAUACUGUCCAUGGUGUCGCGAUGAAUGGGGACAAAAUAGUCUGAGACCGGGUUGCGUUUUUUUAGCGAAUCCUAUACCUAUUGUUGAUGAUAGGCUUUACCAAGAUAUAGAAACUAAAUACCCAGAACUAGGCCCAAUGUAUCUUGCGAAUGUUGUUCGAGCAAGUGAUUUCUGCAAAUCAAUUCAUGAACCAAAUCUAGUACUCCGGCGUCCCCCAGGGCCCAAACCUUGGCAGUCUGGUUUUGUUCUUCCGGAGGGCAUGCCUGAACCUAUUGUUGAGGAAAGGCUUCCCCCUAAUAGAGAGCUACGUUUUUAUCCCCUGAAGGAAGGAGAGAAGGUUGAAUAUAUUCCAGAUCUAGAAGAUGGCCGAACAAGGAAUAUUUUGUGCGCGUCCCUCCAGGUUCUAAAUAUUGGACAGAUGGGGCCGAGGCAUGAAAUCCUUCCUUUCCUUCUCCUGGCUCUACCACAGAUCAAGAGUCUGGGAUCUAUGGAUGUGUUACGAGGAUUGAAGUUUAUGAAAGACAAUCCAAACAUUCAAUCAGAUUUCAAAUCAGGUUUAGAGGAGGUAUCUAUAGACGUGGUUACCAAACACUAUAGUCACGAUUGGUUAACCGCUACACGAUGGGCCCCGGACCCAAUAAAAAAAGAUGUUGAAGAAUUUUACAAACUUCAGGAUAAUUCAAAUCUAUCAAUUGAAGAGAAAAGAUCUGAAAUUCGAGAUGAUGUUCAACUGCUUUGCAAAGCUUGCCCCAACAUAUCCAAAAUCAGGCUAUUUCUUUAUGCUGAGGAUUUCCCGAAUCUAUUAAAGCCUGAAUAUACCUGUAUCUGGGAGGGGCUUAGUACCCUGACCAGGUUAACAGAGGUCACCAUACUUUGCAUUGACUGGGAGCACACUACUGCACUUCUAACGGUGGUGGGAAGUAAGUUGACGCGUGUUUGUGUAUCUGUGUGCCCGGGUAGAACUGCUCUGGACGAUACUUCUCCCCUUGGUCCUUCUCUAGACAGAAUACUCUCACUCUGCACCAACCUACAGUCUUUAAAGGUUGAUGUAAGCGGGGCCCCUCUCAACAUCUCCCAAGGAUUCCUGACACCUAAACUUGAUCUACUUAAACUCAAGACUGUAUCUGUGGGUAAUUAUCUAACGAAGGAAGCAUUUGAAUGGUUGUGGGAAUCAGCUGUGAAUCUGGAGGAAAUAUUGAUCCCUACAAUAUGUACAACUAACAUCAUACAAAUCUUUAAUCCUCAUACAUACCAGGUUUACUUUACCAAGCAGAUGUUUGAACAACUCCUCAAGAAGAACAGAAUGAAGAAAAUGGUCAAAAUGAAGGCAUUUUUAUGUAUAGCUGAUAUGCAAGCAGCUGAGUAUUUGGUUGAUACACUCAGUGAGACUUGUCCUCACCUGGAGGAAAUUGGGAAACUAACAAUAAGGGUUAAACUGGAAGAAGAACAUUACCCUGAACAUGACGAUCUACUAACAGCGCUGGCUGAGGUUAUGCGGCAAAUAAGCAGGUUCAGGCAGAAAAGUCAAACUCUGUAUAGAUCCAGUAGGAAACUCAUGGUGAACUAUGUUUGGGAGAAAACUGGAUUGUUUAAUUCAUUUGGAGAAAUAGAUCCGUUAAACGCUCUUAUUGAUCCUCCAGUGCAACCAUAGAAACAGAAAACAGAAAACAGAAAACAGAAAACGGAAAACAGAAAACGGAAACCAGAAAACAGAAAACAGAAAACAGAAAACAGAAAACAGAAGACAGCAGACAACAGGAAUUUGGGGGCCGCUAAUAGAGAACGAGAGAGAACAAACCAUAACCAUAAAACCAAGAUAACACAGACAAAAGGAAAUAAAAGACAGGGCAUAUAAGAAGAUAAAACUGAAAAUUUAAGAAUUCCAAUCGUGAGUAAACUAAGGGGCAGGGAAUUUGAAGCUAAGAAACAGAAUACUUUCAUUUGAUCUUAAAAUUAAAACACAAUUUUUCUGUUGUAAUUUUGUUUCGUAAAUUCGCUAUAUUUAUGGAAUUUAUUGUAUUUUUUUAUAAACCUGAAAAAAUUAGAUUUUUUAAUGAUUCUACGCAUGAGAAAUGCAUUAUUCGUGGUUUCAGUGAAGCCAUGUGAUUCCCUUAUACACAAAUAAAUGGAAAUGUUUGUGAAUUGCAAA